AUGGGCGUGACGGACGAUUUCGUGGCCUGGUGCGAGGCGAAGGGCGCCGACCUGUCCAAGGUUGAGCUCCGCGACGCCACCGGCUCCCCCGUGACGCGCCCCGUCGAUCUCCUCCUCGGCGCCGAGCACCUCGGACGCGUGGACGCGGAGAUCCGCGGCCGCGGCGUCUUCGCCCGCACCGCCGUGAGCAAGGGCGACGUCGUGCUCUCCGUGCCCUACGCCGCGUGCAUCGGCACCGAGGGCCUGCGAUGCGGCGCCGGCCGCGAUCAACCGCCGCCUUUCGAGGGCGCCAGCGCGGCCGCGAGGCUCGCGUGGACGCUCCUCUCCCUCCGAUCGGAUGCGGACUGGGCGCCGUACCUCGUCGCGCUUCCCCACUCGCUAGACACUCCGACGUCCGGCGCGUGGUCGCGCAAGGAGAUCGCGGAGCUGCAGGUGGCCGACGUCAUCGCCGCCGCGGCGAUGACCCUCGCGAGGGACGCGCGAAGCGUUCCGAUGAUCGUCGCGCGACGCGACGGCGUCGACGAGAAGGACGCCGCCGCCGACGAGCGCCUCUCCGCCGAUUGGGCGUGGGCGCUGUCGUGCGUGCGGUCCAGGGCCAUCGAGCUGGAGUAUCCCAACGGCGCCACGCAGUCGUUCCUCGUGCCGUUCGUGGACAUGCUCAACCACGCGCACGUCGACCCGGCGGUCGCGUGGACGUCCGAGGAUGCGCACCGCCGCGGGCACCUCAACCGCGACGGUCCCCAGCCCAAAAAAACGGACGACGAAGAUUCGGUCGCCACCGAAGACGAGGAACUUCAGAAGGACCUGGGCAAGGUGGUGCUCAUCGCGAUGAGGGACAUCUCGGAGGGCGAGGAGAUCACCAUCUCCUACGACGAGGGCGCGCCGACGGACCCGUUCGUGCUCCACAUGGGCUUCAUCGGCGGGCACAACCCGAGCGACUCGGUGGAGAUUUUUAAGAGUCUCAGAGCCGCGGCGGCGUGGUUCGCCAACGCGUUCAGGGGCGUGGACGGUGAGCUGGUCGUGGACGUGGCCAAGGCGAACGUCAUCGCGGACCAGUUCGUUAAGAGGGAGAGGGCGACGUACGGCGGGGAGUCGCAUCACGCGAGGUUGGGCUGGGGCGGCCGCGUGUCUAACGCGUUGGUGGACAUGUUCGAGGUGUUCUUCGGGCAGAUUAUGCCGGAGGAGGAUCCGAUGGACAUGGCGACGCACGCGAUCAGGGUGCGGUGCGAGGAGAUGCUCGCGUCGUUUCCCACGACCGCGGGUGACGAUAUGGAGGCGCUGGAGAGCGCGGGGGAGGAGAUGAGCGCGCGGCAAAAACUGGCGACGGAGUUCCGGUUGCGGAAGAAGGCGAUACUGCAGCACAUGCUCGAGGGCCUCGGGACAACGGAAGGGGCGGCCGAGGAGGGCGACGAGGCGAAGGAGGGCGACGAGGCGAAGGGCGAGGAGAAGAAGUGA